UUUUCAUUAAAUAAUAGUUUAAAAAACGAAUCAAAAAUAAAUUCGCAAUUAAUGAUUGAGAAGUUUAAUUCAGAAUCUAAUAAAUCUUGUAUGACACAAAUAAUUAAUGUAGAUCAAUUUGAAGAAAAUCAGAAUGAUGAAACAACUGAUGAAAGUGAUAUUGAAGAUGAUUUAGUAUCUGCAAUUAAUUAUAAUACAAUUACUUCUCUUGCUGCGCUAAAAGAUAUGCUACAAUCAUCGGGAGAAGAUUCAGAGGGUGUAGAUAGUUUUUUUCAUCAUUAUUUUCUAUCUCACGUCAAUCGCUUACCUUCAAGAAAUCAAGCUCAUAGUCCAUAUCCGUGGUGUAGACGGUUAUCAGAAUGUCGAGAAGAAGAUGAAUACGAGACAGAAGAAGGAAAAGGUACUGAUAACGAGAUUUAUACUGAAACUGAAAGUAAAAGUCAACAAAUAGAAAAUCAAGAUUACGAAGAGAAAAGUGAAAUAUAUUUAUCAAACAUAGCUAGUUCUACAUUGUUUGAAAAGUCAAGUUUAGAACGAAUAGAUCAGAAAUCAAAUAAAAAUUCUACUGUAUUAGAUUUACGAUCACCAUGUACAUCGUUAAACCGAUUUAUGACACACACUGUGACAUCGCCGACAUCAAUCAAGCCACCUUUAUAUAGAAGAAAUACUACCGGGCCUGGUAUGAUUUUUCCUGAAACAGAUCUUCCUUCAUAUUCUAAUAGUAUGACAUUUUUAAAAAUAAGUCCAUUUCCAAGUCCUCAUUUUGAUAAAAGAUUUUUUGACUCAAGUCUUGUUGAAAUGAAAAGUGAAGCGAGUAGUUCGAGUACUCUCGAUUAUGAUUCAACUGAAGAAAUUUGGGUUCGGAGAAUUGACUGUACACAUGAAAGAAAAAAACGGGAGCUUGGUUCACAGCCUUUACCAACAAUCAUUACAGAAGACAUGGAUAAUUCAAUGCUUACCUUAAAAGAGUACUGUCAUAGACCAAGAGCAGGUACUUGGGGUUCUCAUUCACGAACAAUUCAAAAAACGUCAUUAGGUAAUAGUGCUCCAGUCUCGGGUAAAUCAACUCCGCAACCAUUUCAACAUGUCGAAAUAACUAGAAAAUGUUGGGAUAUUCAAUCUGAGAUUAGUCAAAAUAAUAGUUUAGAACGUAAGAAAAAUAGUAUUACCAAUACAAUUGAUGAUACUGCUAGCCCAUCAAGAAAAAAUAUAAUUUUCGAUGCUUUCCGUCCAAGAAGUAAAUCUGAUGCAAGUAAAGCAAAAAAACCCAGUAUUAUUACUAAUAUGAAGAAUGCUGUACAGUAUUCUUUGCACAGAAAUUCACAAGGAAGUUCUUCUCUUGAAGUUAACAUAGACAAGGAUUAUAAAGAUAAUAAGGAACAAAGUAGACCACGGGCUGGUUCUGAGAGCAUUCGAAAUCCUGUUAGUAAAGUUAUAGACCUUAUUAGACAUCGAAGUCAUAGUGCAAUUAGUGCAGAAGAUAAAAGGAAAGCUAAAGCUGUAGCUCAACAUCAUUUACAACAGGCAGCACAGAGUGCAUUAAGAAGAAGUUCUCUGGAUCCAACUACUAGAAGAUUGUCUCUUGGUACACCAUCAGUUUCUCACAGAGCUUCUGAUGCAUAUUUAGAUCCAGUACAUGCUGCCAUACUUUUUAGAGAUGCUCGUGGGUUGCCAGUGGUAGACCCUUUUUUGGAAAAAGUUUCACUUUCCGAUCUUGAAGAAGACGAAUCUCAGAUCUUUAUUAAAUUUUUUAAGUUUCACAAAUGCUACGAUCUUAUACCAACGAGUGCUAAACUGGUAGUUUUUGAUACACACUUACUUGUUAAAAAAGCUUUCUUUGCUCUUGUUUAUAAUGGAGUUAGAGCUGCACCUUUAUGGGAUAGCGCUCAACAGCAGUUUGUAGGAAUGUUAACUAUAACAGAUUUUAUUAAAAUACUACAAAUGUAUUACAUUAGCCCGUCGGUCACAAUGGACGAGUUAGAGGAACAUGAACUAGAAACAUGGAGAAAAGUACUUAAAGAACAAGUUCAACCAUUAAUCAGUAUUGAACCUGAUGCUUCUUUAUUCGAUGCUAUCAAAAUCUUAAUAAGUAAUAAAAUUCAUCGCUUGCCAGUGAUAGAUCCUACUACUGGAAAUGUGCUAUAUAUAUUAACUCAUAAAAGAAUAUUGCGUUUCCUUUUUCUUUAUAUUAAUGAGUUGCCAAAACCAUCUUUUUCAAACAAGACAUUAAAAGAAUUACAAAUAGGAACUUUUGAAAAUAUAGAAAUAGCUACUGAAAACACUAGUAUAAUUUUAGCUUUGAAGAAAUUUGUAGAGAGGCGAGUGUCAGCACUACCAAUAGUUGACAAUGAUGGCAAACUGAUCAAUAUUUAUUCAAAGUUUGAUGUUAUCAAUUUAGCAGCCGAAAAGACAUAUAAUAAUUUAGAUGUGACUCUUAGAGAAGCUAAUGAGCAUCGUAAUGAAUGGUUCGAAGGAGUGCAAAGUUGUAAAUUAAAUGAAACUCUUUUUACUAUAAUGGAAAAGAUUGUAAGAGCAGAGGUUCAUCGAUUGGUAGUUGUGGAUGAAGAUGAAAAGGUCAUCGGAAUAAUUUCACUAUCCGAUCUAUUAUAUUAUUUGGUUUUGAAGCCAUGUGGUCAGGAUUCCAGUAAAUUUAAAUAUGGUCCUUUGGAAAGUGAAGGCUAGAACAUGCUGUAAUUUCAACAAUUAUAUCUUAAAAACAAGCAGAGGUUAAUCUUAAUUUAUCUCUUGAUAAUAUAA